GUGCAGGAUAGGCUGAUCUGCACUGUCCGGAUGGCACCACCUGAACUCCCUCACUUCCAGAAUUGCCGACUUUUAUUCAAGAAGGAAUUCGGUCUACUACCUCAAUGACAUCGUCCAAGCUGCAGCCGCUGCUGCUGCUGUUGCCCAUGCUGGCGCUGUACAUGUCCAUGGCUGCAGCACUGACCUUCGACUCGGACUCGAGCUCCGACUCCUCUCUUCGCGGCUCCUCUUCUACUGAGGGCAUCGUCGGCGACAUCUCCGACUCCAUCGAUGUGGGUCCCGGUAUUGCCGCUGUCAUCGCCAUCAUCGGCGGUGCUGCCAUGACCACAUGUGGCUACAAACUACUUCGCCCCACCAUGUUCGCCUGUGGCUUCCUUGUUGGCGGCUACAUCGUCUCUGCCAUCGUCGAGUACAUUGUGGACGGCCAAUCGUAUGAGCGCACAGCCUUCUGGAUCGCCUUCCUCGUUGGCGGUAUUGCUCUGGGCUGUCUCGUGGUUACGGUUUACAACGCAGGCAUCUUCCUCAUCGGCGCUGCCGGCGGCGUCUUCCUGGCCACUAUCGUUAACGCGUCUUUCGGCUACAGAAUUUACCCGAACGACCCCACUACGGGUCUGCUCAUCCUGGCCAUCGUACUGGGUCUAAUCUGCGGUCUCAUAGCCUUCAAGGUCGAGCGUCUCGCCAUCAUCGUGGCCACGGCAUUGGUCGGCUCGGUGGUGCUGAUUAACGGCGCUGGUUACUUCAUUGGAGACUUCCCCAAGCUCACGGCUAUCAAGGACUACCGCUACAAGGACGAGGACGGCGACUACGUGUACAACGUCCCCAAGGAAUGGUGGGGAUACCUCGUGGCGAUGCUCGUCGUGUUCCUGCUGGGUCUCUCCAUUCAGAUCAAGAAAACCGGCAAGUAAAACAAAAAACGUAUCGUCACUGAUUAGCUUGUUGUUACGCGUUUUAACUCUGCCGAAACACGUUUUUAUGCCCGGAUCUGGACUUAACGAACUUUUGACAGAAUUUAUUGUAACUUAGAUUUUGUAUUACGACCAAUCAAAUUCUGUCAAAAUUCUUUAUGUUCAGAUGGCUGUCUGAACUUAUGGUUCUGUCGUUCGUGUCUAUUAUUAUUGCGAGCCUCUUGGACUGAAGAGC